AUGAAAAUAUUGUUAUUGAAUUGUCGAUUAUGCUCAAAUCGAAUAGGAUGUCCCAUUAGCGAAUACGCGAUCAUUUUACGAAACAUUUCUCAAAAUGCAUACAGCCUCAUUGAAAGAACAUGUUCCUUGAGCGAAAGAAGCACAAACAAACGCUUUGUCAGGGAUAUCGUGCAGUACUUCAAGGAUAUCGUGCAGAUACUUUUAAACAGGAUGACAAAAGCCUUGAACAAAAAGAUGAAACGUGCGAAAGGAAAUGGAAUUUGUAAG